AUGAACGUCGAGAACGAGACGCAGUCGUCCCCCGCCAUACACAAUGUCCCCCUAAACGACGUCGAAUCCGGUCUCGACCGUGUAUCUCAGGGUCGAGCCCACGCCUGGCCGAGCCUACGGAGUUUCUCCGCUUCGGAUAUUCUCUAUGAUCCAUCAAAGUUAUCUGCGCUACUUGAAGACUUUAUGGACCACUGGCAGGACUAUCUGGAGAACUGGUUUACCAAGCUAGGCAUCGUGAUCACUCCGAGCUACCUACAACACUUGGUUGGCGGCCAGCCGGCCACACAGACGAAGCUUCAUGCAAUUGCCGCGCUAGAUGGCUUACGAGGAUGGGCCUGUUUAUUAGUGUUCAACUUCCACUUCCUCUUCACCUAUACUUGGAAGGUCGCGGUUGGGUGGGGAUUCAAUAAUGAGAAUUGGCACCUCUACCAGUUGCCUAUCAUCCACGUCUUGGUCUCAGGCCACAUCAUGGUCGCCAUAUUCUUUGUAAUAUCAGGCUAUGUUCUUUCCUACAAACCGCUCAAAUUGAUCCGCAGCCGGGCUUGGGAAGAGACAUUUGUUACUGUGGCAUCUUCAACGUUUCGCCGAGGCCUGCGCUUAUACAUUCCCUCUUUCGUUGGCAUCCUGCUGGUCCUGCUUGCCGUUCGGCUGGGCGCUUACAAUUACUCGCAAAAGGUUCUAUUCGAAGGACACACCAUCAGGGGCACCAACGAGCAACACCCCCCGAUCAUGGUCAAGUCUUUGGCCAAGCAGUUGUGGGACUGGUAUUAUACGCUUGCGCGCCUAAUGGACCCUUUUGAUUGGGGCCUGUACUAUAAUAACUACAACCCUCACCUCUGGACGAUCCCUGUUGAAUUUCGCAGUUCCAUUGUCCUCUUCCUCACCAUUCUCGCGACAUCACGUGUGAAGACGGCGGUCCGUAUCUUCCUAGUCAGCAGUCUAGUAUGGUUCUGUAUGCGCUAUGGCCGAUGGGACGUCGUCCUUUUCCUGGGCGGUAUGCUCAUGGCUGAAGCGGACUUGAUUCAAGGCCUUUGGGAGAAGCGUCCAUCCGAGGAUGCAGGUGACAAAGAGAAGCGGGUCUGGACCAGCGCUGCAACACCUCAACACCAAGUUCCUUUUCGAUUAUUAAGCCGCAGGCGCUGGAUCGCCCUCUUCCUCCUGGGAUUAUACCUAGGAUCUACCCCAAACACCGGCUACAAGUUCACGCCCUUCUUCAUGUGGACGUGGCACAUUACCCCCAAAACAUACCCGGAACCACACCGUUUCCCGCAGACCCUAGGCGCACUCAUGAUUGUCUACAGCAUCAACCACUCGAAAGACAUUCAAAAGCUCUUCGUGAACCCGGUAUCGCAGUAUCUCGGCAAGAUAUCCUUCGCGUUUUACAUCGUCCACGGCCCGAUUCUACACUCGCUGGGAUAUUCGCUCAUGCCAAACAUCUGGCACAUUACAGGCAAGGAAACCAACUUUCAGUACUGUUUUGGCUUCUUCAUCGGUUGGCUUAUCUGCCUCCCUGUUUCGCUCUGGGCAGGUGACCUGUUCUGGCGCCUCGUCGACACUCCGAGCGUAAAACUAGCAAAGUGGAUUGAGAGCAAGGUCCUUACGCAGACCAAUGGACGGGAGAAGCAGGAAAGAGUUGCCUAA